GUCUGCAGCCUGGUUCUGGACCACCUUUAAAACAGCAAAAAUUUUUCUUCUUCUGCUCCUGUGUUUUUAAAAGCCCUGAAAUAGCAAAAGCUGAGAAGCAUGGCGCUGCUGAGGUCAGGCUGGUUGUGGAGACAGACUACCGUCCUGAAGCGCUGGAAGCUGAACUGGUGCGACCUCUGGGUGGACGGGAGUCUUUGCUUCUAUAAGAGCGACAGCAGGCGAGAGUUGGAGCAACGCAUCCGUCUCAAGACGACGUGCAUCGACGUGCGGUCCGGCCUGGAAUGUGGAGGUGUGGCUCCACCAGAGACUAAUCCCAGGGAGAAUCUCAUCGUGAUUCACCUCAGAGAUGGAUCCACACUCAACCUGUGUGCUAACAGUGAAGAUGAAUCUCUAGCGUGGAAACUGACUCUGCUCGACACCAGAAGAAACCCGGUGUUUACUUAUGACCCGUAUGACGACUCCUACCAGCCUGUUCCACUGAACGGCUAUCACACUGUCUACAUCACACCUGGAGCAGGACCAGGAACCCACCAGGUGGUUGUUCAGAGGGACCCUUUCGAUGGAGUAGCUGAGAGUGUUUGUCUGGGAUUACUGGCUGGCAUAGCAGCCGGGACAGCCAUGAGAUCCUUCCUCUGGAUGCCCUUCUUUUUCUGUUGAGAUGACUGACGUUACUGACACAACAACACACAGGGUUUUUGUGUCUGUGCAGAAAAAUAAGGAGCUGGACUUCCAAUGUGCACGUGCAGAAAGGUUUCUCUCCAUCUUGGAUAGCAUCUAGUCUUCAGAAGUGCAGUUUGAAUCUGAAACCAAAGAAACUGAGGAAGCUGCUUCGUAUUUCUGUUGUUUUUGCUUGUACACACAUCUACCUACUUAUGUUUGUAAAGACAGAAGUUUUAUAACGAAUGUUCUUUUAUCUCUGGACUUUUACACUUAUAAGCUGAAUAAAAGUAGCAUGACAUGGUCUUUGUCAGCAGAUGGGGCUGUCUGCCUCAAAUUUAAGGAUAUUCCGAUGGAAGAUCUCAGGCUGGUGCUUAUUAUUUGAGAGUUAAAGAGUUGAAGAAAGAAAAAUGGACCUUGAGCUGGUAUUGUUUUGUAAUACUAAAAUUUUCAGGGUUUAAAGUUAGACUUUGGGUCAAACUGUCAGCAGAUCUGUAUCCAUGACAAAUGAGCAAAUUCUACAUGCUGAGGAAGACCAUGGGAUGGGGCUAAAAAAAGCUUGUAAUAUAAAAAAGAUGCAUUUAUUAGUUUUUGUUUGUUUGUUUUCUUUUUACUAAAAAUAUUCCCAAAGUAGGACAAUUAAAUGGCAUUUAUAGGAGACAAAUUGUAAAAGGCUUAUCAAAGCAGGCAUAAGAUUUAUUGUAAAUGUCC